AUGGCCUAUGCAGCAGCAAAGGAGAAUAAGGAUGGCAGGGGGAACAACAUGAAAUGGCAGUCGUUCCUCUCCACUUUUGUGCUUAACAAGAUGUGUGAGAUCAUAGCUAGCAGGGUGAGGACUGACAAGGGCUUCAAGGAGGUGCACUUGAACCUUGUUGCAAACCAGGUAUUCAACUUCUAUGGACAGGAGGUCACCUUGACCCAGGUGUACAACCACCUAAGGAAGUGGAGAGCGAGGUGGAUCACUACAUCAAAGCUCAGAGACAUCAGCGGUGCUUCAUGGGAUGAGGACACCUGCUCAAUCCUUCUGGAGGCAGAGCACUACCAAGGCCACGUCGCAGCUCACCCCAAGGAUGCAGAGUUCCUCAACACCCCUAUCCAGAACUACCACCAGAUGCAGCAGAUCUUCUCCUUCAGCCUGGCAACCGGCAAGCAUGCCAUGGGCUCUAGUCAGCCACUGGGCUCGCCUCUGCCGGAGUAUCCAGACACCCGAGAGUCAGACACCAUCAAUGUUGAUGCUCCUGAGAAGGAUGGUGAGCACGUUCCUAUGCUCGAUAGGAAGAGGAAGCGGGCGGGCUAA